AUGAGCGACCUCAUCAUGGCCGUCAACUUCCUCUGCUCCACUGCGAUGAAUAUAUCCGGUCGACUUAUCGGUGCACCCGAGAAUGCCACCUUCUGUAGCUACAACGGCUUCAUGACGCAGUUCUUCGUUAUACAAACCGACUAUUGGGUUCUCACUAUUGCCGUUUGCACAUAUUUCAUCCUUGCUGGCCACAAGAGACAAUCGACGUGGAUUCAAAACCAUGAAUAUCUUAUCUGGUCACUCCCCUGGCUUUUCUCAACUAUUUGGGCGCUCAUCGGCCUCGUCAAAGACGCAUACCGCGACAUAGGCGCUUGGUGCUGGUUCGAAUCCGAUCGGACUCGUCUACUGGUCAACUUCGUCCCACGAUAUUGCCCGCUUGAUGCUGUUGUACCCUCUCGCAUACGCCGUCAUCUGGUCACUUCCAACGGCGAUUAG